GACUCUCCCACUUCUCCACUGCACGAGCGCACAUACACACGCGCACCACUUUUCUUCUUCAAAGCUGCGGUCAUGUCGGAGGAGGAGACGGAGGGGGUCGCGGGCGGUGGUGGGGCCACGGUUUCCGUGGCUGCAGUUGGCGGCGAGCUGACGAAGCCGAAAGGGCGGGGGAAGGGGAAGGGAAAGAAGCGGCGGGGCGGCGACAGGGCCUUCGCUUCCCCGGCGAUGGGUGGUGUGGCGGUGGGGGACAGGAUGCUCAGGGAGAGGAGGCCCGCGCCCAACGCCUUCUGCGAGCGCGACACCGACGACGAUGACGAGAAUGAUGACAAAACUGCGAACAAUCAAGUGAAGCCCAAAAGGGCCAAGAUUGAUGCCGGGACGAAGAAGGGACCCAGAAAAGCGAAAGCGGAGCAAGUGGAUAGCAAGGCCCAGUUCCCCAGCAGUAAAAGCAGCCGCGAAACGAAUGGGGAUGAUGCUGAUACAGUGAGGGACAAGGACUCAGGGAAUGAUGAGGUUUCACAGACUGCAAAGAAGCGGAAACAAAGAGAUGCAGGGAAGGAUUUGAUCACAAAAAUACUGCAGAGAGUGGAUGAAGAACAAAAGAAGGUCUCAUCCUCCAAGGAUAAAAAUUGCGAUGAACAUAAUAGGAAAGGGAAGAAGAUGUUGACUGGGGAAAAUGCCCUAAUGUGCCACCAAUGCCAGAGGAAUGAUAAAGAGAGGGUGGUCUGGUGUAUGUCAUGCAAGAAUAAGCGCUUCUGUGUGCCAUGCAUGCAACGAUGGUAUCCCGAUUUGUCAGAAGAUGAAUUUGCUGCAAAGUGCCCAUAUUGUCGCAAGAACUGUAACUGCAAGGCAUGCCUACGGAUGCGAGGAGUUGAAGAGCCUCCAAAAAAGGAAAUUUCUGAAGAAAAUCAAAUCCGUUAUGCUUGUCAUGUCUUAAGCUUGUUGCUUCCCUGGUUGAGAAAACUGCGACAGGAGCAGAUGGAGGAGAAGGAACUAGAGGCUAAAAUAAAAGGUGUUUUGGUGAAUAAAGUGAAGUUGGAACAAGCUGAAUGUAAUUUAGAUGAGCGUGUCUACUGCAAUAACUGUAGAACUUCUAUAGUUGAUUUUCAUAGAAGUUGCAAGUGCUGUUUUUAUGAUUUGUGCCUUGCAUGCUGCUGGGAGAUCCGCAAAGAUGAGAUUCCUGGAGGAGAAGAGGUAAUGAGUGCGCAGUAUGAAGAUAGAGGCAAGGAUUAUGCUUUUGGUUCUAUUCCUAAGUCAAAGGAUGGGAAUAGAAGGGCCUCCUUAAAGGGGCACAUGAAGUCCCCAAAUGAUGAGCCUUGCAAUGGCAUGGCUGCUAGUGAGGAUCCAAAUAGCCCUUUGCUACUGUGGAAAGCAAAAAGUGAUGGUAGCAUACCUUGCCCACCAAAGGAGCUAGGAGGUUGCGGUGGUUCAUUGUUGGGCCUCAAAUGCUUGCUCCCAGAGAUGAUGCUUUCCGAUUUAGAAGAACGAGCUGACAGAAUUGUUAGGAGUGAGAUAUUUGCAAAAGCAGUAGCCAAAAGAAGUGAUCAGUGCCCUUGCUAUGAUCAUUCAGGAAAGGUAAGAACUCAGGACAUGCGGGAGGCUGCAAAUAGGAAGGGCUUCACUGAUAACCACCUCUACUGUCCGCUUGCCACUGGUAUCAGAGAGGAUGACUUGGUGCACUUUCAGAUGCAUUGGGCAAAGGGUGAACCAGUUAUUGUUUCUGAUGUCCUUCGGUUAACCUCUGGUCUCAGUUGGGAGCCAUUAGUUAUGUGGCGGGCAUUGCGAGAGAAAAAGACCAAUGGCACCGUGGAAGAUGAGCACUUCGCUGUCAGGGCAGUAGAUUGCCUUGAUUGGUGUGAGGUGGAAAUUAAUAUACGCAUGUUCUUUGUGGGAUAUACGAGAGGCAGAACUCACCCCUCGACACAGUGGCCCGAGAUACUUAAGCUAAAGGACUGGCCACCAUCUAGUUCGUUUGAUCAGAGAUUGCCUCGCCAUGGUGCUGAAUUUAUCAGUGCAUUACCAUUUCCUGAGUAUAUUGAUCCUCGAUAUGGUCCUCUAAAUCUCGCCACCAAGCUUCCUGAUGGUGCCCUGAAGCCAGAUCUUGGGCCAAAAACUUACAUCGCUUAUGGAUUUUACCAAGAGUUAGGCAGGGGCGAUUCUGUGACCAAGCUUCACUGUGACAUGUCUGAUGCGGUAAAUAUUUUAACACACACAGCAGAAGUGUCCUAUGAGACUUAUCAGCUUCAGAAGAUAGAAAAAGCCAGAAAGAAAAUGAGAGAACAAGAUCUUCAGGAACUUUACGGUGUUCUAGAAUCAGGCACUGAACGCGGGCUAUCACCAUCAUGUACUGAAUCCAGGGAUAUAGCUGUUGAUGAAACAUCAAAUACACCACGUAACGAUCGUACUUGUAAAGAUAUUUCCGAUGGUUCGGACAUCAAUGUUUUACCACCUGGUGAUACUGAAGGUGAUGUUAAGGAUAAACUAUCAUCUCAUGAAUCUAAGGUACAAAGUGAAGGUGGGCAGUGUUCAGAUCACAAUCACAAGGAUAAUAGAUCUGAUAAGAUGCGUAAUGGAGCUCAUUAUAUUUCGGACAAUCAAGGUUACAAAGACGGGUGUAGGCCUUCAAAGGAAGUCCGUGGUGUUCCUCUCGGAACAGAUCAGGAUGGCGGAGAGCAGCAGAGAACUGGUGGAGCUUUAUGGGAUAUUUUCCGUAGAGAGGAUUCUGAUAAAUUACAAGAGUAUCUUAGGAAGCAUGCCUCAGAAUUUCGGCACGUCCAUUGCAACCCUGUUAAGCAGGUUAUUCACCCAAUUCAUGAUCAAACUUUCUACUUAACUGAGGAGCAUAAGAGAAAGCUCAAGGAAGAAUACGGUGUUGAACCCUGGACGUUUGAGCAGAAACUUGGUGAAGCGAUUUUCAUUCCUGCUGGAUGUCCUCACCAAGUCAGGAAUUUGAAGUCUUGCAUCAAGGUCGCGAUGGACUUCGUUUCCCCUGAAAAUGUCGGUGAGUGUAUUAAACUGACUGGGGAGUUUAGACGACUUCCAUCCGAUCACAGGGCUAAAGAAGACAAAUUGGAGAUCAAGAAGAUUGUUAUUCAUGCUCUGAAGGAUGUUAUAAAUUUCUUGGAUUCUUCCCCUGAAGGGUUGAAGAGUGGGGCUGGCCAGCCCAGCAAUAAAAGGCAGGGUGGUCACACGCUGACGAGCGAAGACAACAAGUCCAAAGAUGCUCCUGUAGAUGACCAAGGUGACGAUCUGAAGAGGGAAGACAAGUCCAACCAUGAAGCUGCUGAUGCGAAAAAGCCUAAAGGCCGUGGUCGCCGAAAAGGCUCUCGCAAUCUCAUGUGAUUGAUCGAUUCGGUUCUGACAGGAAAGAUGAAGGCGGUACUGAUCGAUCUGGACGCAGUCAAUUUGGGAGAAGGUUGUAGUUUAGAGUGCUGAGGUAUUGGUCACCCCCAGACGCCAUUUCGGUGUCUGGCUUUUGUUCAUAUGGUGAUUGCCGGCUGACACCAUUUUGGAAGGAUCAUGCUAGUUGCUCGCUGUAUGAACUCUUCAUGUAGCGGCUGGGCAAUAGCGAUAGACAAGACUGUAAGCAGCGUGUGUAUGCGGCUGAUAUUUUGUUAGUAAUUGUCAUGGAUAGCUAUGGUAAAGUAGUGUAGUACUGUACAUCCUGCACUUUGUUGUUGGUGCCUGGAAUGUAUCCAAGCCAUGGAUUGAA